AGAAGACUGGUCUUUGACAAUAACAAAAUAGUGUCCAGUGGCUUUAAAGCAAUAAACCAUUUUUAAAAUACAAAUGAAUGAGAAUGAAAUAAAUAGCCUAGUAAGCGAAAUGGGUCUGGAAAAGUUUUAAAUUCAAUGAAUGAAAUAGCACUCGUGAGAAGUAAGGAAGAUUGUUCCAAAGGUUUGGAGCAACUGAAUACAUACCUCUGGAAGAUGAAGUGUAUCUGGUUAGAGUUACACUAUGCAAAGUGGGAUACACUUAAAUGUUGUUCACACGGCAGCCAUUUUAACCUUGUAUAAUUUUAGAAUGGUUGUAAGUGGAAUGUUUGACAAGAUUUUGCAAGAGGACAGUAGAAGCAAAUUAUUGUCCUUUCACAUGGAGGUACAUGUUGUAAAAUGUUACAGCCUGCUAUAAUUUAGCAAGGGAACCUUGCGAAGUUGCUCUCGUGUGAAAGCGGCUUUAAUACGAAGCAUCACAAUCAAUAUUGCAAUUUUCCUACACAAUGACAAUGCAGUCGUGCGGAAGUUUAUGACAUAUCACACGCCAAACCAGUCCUCAAUAAAUGCUUACACAGACAACUCGUUGAACUAUGACCAUGCUCAAGUUCAUGACAUUUUGUACAUUGUGUAUGCAUAAUGAUUGGUUCACUAGGAGACGCCAUUGCUGUGUGACAACAUUAUACAUUGAGUGGUUUCAGCUCUCGCUGUUGGAGAGGGAUUAUCAAGUAUUUCGUCUGUGAAAAAAAAAGAACUACGAGAACAGAAGACGUCCCGAGGUCGGCAUCGCUGCGAUCAUGGACCGUCCAUCGAGCCCAGCGGACGGCGGCGAGCGCUCUCUGAGACUCAUCAAGCCAUACUACGAGCUCUUAAACGAUUUAAGCAAAGAUGUGGAUGAAGACUAUUUGCAGGAGUUGUGUACUCUCAGUCAAAGUCUUAAUAUACCAGAUGAGAAGUUCGAAUGUGACACACCUUUGGAACUGUUUCGGAAAUUGGAUAAAUAUGGAAGCAUUGGAGAAGACAAAACAGGAUUUCUGAAGGAGAUUUUGCAGGCGGCAAGCCAUAAUCCAGGCGUAGAAAUGGUUGAGUGGUAUGAGAAAGAAAGGCAAGAACAUCUUGAGAGUGUGGCAGCUCUGCUCAAAGAAAACGAUCCAUUAUUUGUGGGACGUACGGCGUUUGUGCGAAAGAUCCUGGAAGUAUUUCAAGACAGCCACUCGACCGGGUGCCGCUGUGUUUUGGUCUACGGGCUGGCCGGUACGGGAAAGACCAAACUGGCAGUGGAGAGUUGCGCCCUGUACAAGAAGCAGCAGACAGGCUCAUUGACACGACUUGUCAAAGUAAACCUCCACAAAGCAACGAGUAACAGCGAAGUUUGGCUGUGGACAUUCAGAAGUCUAACCGGAAAGCAAAUUUCCUUCAAUCAGUUUGAGAUCUCCCUCUUCAAAGACUGGGUUUUGAAUUGUGAACAAGAUACAAUUGUAUAUCUGGACAACGCAGACGCCAUUUUGAAUUCCUCGUCAGGCAGCAAGAAAGAAUUCAUCCGAACCUUAUCAGACAUUUUGAGUUUAAAGAACAGUCUGGUCAAAAUCCUCAUCACUUCCCGCCAUCCAGUCGACGUCAAGGGCCCCUCCGAUAUCCCGCACUUCGCAGAAAUAAAACUCGAGCCCUUAACCGAAAAAGAGUCCACCGUCUUACUCAGAAAAAUGGUGACGCGAGACACCGACAGUGGGGCACCCAUCACAGACGAGUCUUCCCUUGUGGAGAUUGCAAGGUUGUGCGGCUGGAACCCACAAGCUUUACGUGCCGUGGCGAGCCGCCUAAGGUCUAAUUUUAAACCCAAAGAGUUAGCCGAGCACCUGAAGAGAUUCGAGCUUAUUGAAAGAGUUCUUGAACCGGGUUUCAUGUCAGCAAGUGCAACAUUUCAAGGUAUCGAAGAGGGCCAACAGAUGGUUCUUAAGUCACUGAACGCAAUGUUUGAGCAGCUUGAAGAACCCCUAAAGAGGGCGCUGUUGAAGUUGACCGUCUUUCCAGCUUCAUUUACUUCCAAGCAAGCGGCUACUAUCUUAGAUCAUGAAGAUGCGAAAGCCAAAUACGACUUAGAUGAUUUGGAGACACUGAGCCUUGUCGAGAAAGAUCAGCUGGGUGUCUUCGAAACUGGGAGGGUUGGCAAUGAGCCUUGUCAUUACGUUCACCCACUGGUUCGAUUCGUAUGCCUGACGAAAGUACAGUCCAGUCAAGCAGACAGAGAUGAUUACGAAGUCGCACUGCGUCGAUUCAUCGAGUUCGUGAAUGGACUGAUGAAAACCCUGACCAAGUUGGGACAUCGAGACUUCCCGAAAGCCCAGGCCGAGUAUGAACAGAAUACGACCAACGUGUUACACUUUCUUGAGAUUGACAUGGGCAGAAAGUUUGAUUCAAAAUCAACUGGUGGCCAGCAAGAUUUGCAGGAAUCUCUGCCACGCCCGAAUACCCGAGAAGAACUGUACAGCAUGUUACAAACCUUCUUAGACCCGAUGAAACGGUUGGAAUAUUAUGACAUCAAAAGUGAGCAGAUGCUUGCUGAAAACGAAGUGGUAGGCUGGGCGUACUUUAAAGGUUGGGUCGGUGAUGAGCAAGUAACAUUAGCUCAAUACUCCAACGCCUUGAAGACCAUUGAGGAGCCUUUAAGACGUGUGAGAAGCUUUACGUUGACGGUCGACAGUGAACGAGCCAAGGCCAAAUUGCUUUACGUCAAGGGCCGCAUCUGUUCCGAAAAUGAGGAGUUUUCAGAAGCUGUCGCCUUGCUAGAGGAAGCCCUCUCGAUACACCAGCAUCUUCUCGGAGCUCAUACAGUCACGGCUCGAUGUCUUAACGCUCUCGGUCACGCCUACUACAACGAGGCGGAGGAGAGCCGGGUGGAGACGGGUGCCAAGGCACUGGAGUACCACCAGAAGGCAUGGGACAUGCUGAGGAAGAUUACGAAUGGCCACCCGAAGAAGCACUUCGAUGCACCGGAGUACCUCCUGAAUAUAGGGGCUAGUUAUCACCUGGCGGGGAAGAACAGUUGCCAUGAGAAGAAAGCUAAUGAGCUUUUCAGACGUGCUAUUAAGACGUAUGAAGAAGCACUGGAGCUUGCCGAGUCACUCAAGCUUAUGAAACUACCCAGUACUGCCUACAUGUUGAAGAACAUUGCUAUGAGCUACUAUGAGAUGGGGGAAUACGAGAAGGCAUUACCAAGGGCAACAGAAGCAGGUCAGAUCAGAGAGGCGACGUGUAGCUUACAUCCCGCAACAGCACGCAAUCUGUACUUCAUUGGUACUCUACACGAAAAAAUAGGAGACCAACUCAGUAAAGCAGGCAAGACACGGGAGUCCGGCGAUCAUCUUCUCGAGGGGUUGGAGUACUUCAAGAAGGCCCUUGACGUGGAAUUCAAGCUCGAGAAACACAGCACAGAGUAUUUCUACCUGAAGAAAGACACCAUUGAACUGAUGGAAACACUUCACAUGGAUAAGGACAUUGAAAAAUACCGCUUAAGGUUUCAGCGAGAAGACGAAAAGGCCGGCUGUUCUACACAUGAACAAACCUCGACUUCUAACUAUGAGGAUACAGUCGAGGUAUCAAUGCACCAUCAUCUUAUUGGGACUGAUGAUGCAGACUCACAAGGAGACGACGCUGGUGCAUCCAAGACACGAAAAAGGAAGACACCAGGACCUGUGAUGUUAGAGGAGAGCCCGAACAAAAUUUGUAAAUGCUGCUGAGUGAUCUGCGCUUCCAGGAUGGUGCCGCACUACAUCAUAUAGUCCACUCCUGAAUGCCAACAUUGAAUUAUUGUUUGUUAUACUUAAAAAAUAAAAAUAAAAUUAUGCAAGUUCGCCCCAUAC